UUGGUUGAAUCGUGUUCUCGUCGUUCUUGUUCAGCAGAGCUGCUCUCGUCGCUCUCAUUCCUCAGUAUCUCGCGGCCUCCGGGACUCCGCUAGUCUGCCGCUCGUUACUCCCUCCCUCACCCUCACUUAAUUGCUGGCACCGCUGCCUCUCCCUCACACACACUCCGCUUCUUCCGGUUCUGCCUCUCAGCGCUCUAGCUCUCAUCUUUUUGGUUCAAUCGCCGACUCUCUGCUGCUACUUUCCCUCUCGGCCCAUCCUAUUUUGACUUUUCGUUCGCUCCGUCCUCAUUCCUCAAAACCUUAGCUUUCACUCUUCAUUUAUCUCGCUGUUCUCCCUCCCUUCGAUCAUCAACGGCAUUUCUCCCUCUCAGUGCCGCCUCUUUGCUCAUUGCCUUUACACUCAUCUCAACAGGGAAUUUCUGUUCAUUGUGGCUUUGAUGAGCACUGUAUACAGCUGUUAUAUACGCAUCUGUAUCUAGUCCCAAAAUUUUCCAAGGUGAUGGAUAUGACAUAGUUGUUUGCUAGGAUGGAAUGAAAGAGAACAAUGAAGCCAAAGAGUAUGUUUUCGUUGAUGGCUGAUAAUGAUAGAUAGGUUGACUGAGGGUAAUUUGAAUUGAAAUGUUGGGCGUAUGACAAGUGUCCCUAUCUAAGUGGCUAGUCUAUUGCAAGUGGGCAAUUCCAGAAGGUUCUGGAUAUCUUGUGGAUGAUUGGUCUAAGCUGCAUGUUAAUGUGAGGAAAAAAAGAUGACGUGGGGAGAGGAAAUUUUGAACACUAUCAUUUAAUUUAAAUUCAGGAGUGAUAUGUUUUUUGAGUGGGACAAAAAGUAUGGCAUUGACUUCUAACUACUAUUGUGCAUUGCUGAAGCAUUGUUGUGAAGCUCGGAAUCUCACCCAGGUGAAGAAGCUCCAUUGCCAUAUCAUCAAAACAUUGAAAACCCCAGAAACGUUUUUGUUAAACAAUCUCAUAAGUACCUAUGGCAAACUUGGCAAUAUCAUUUAUGCAAAGCAAGUGUUUGAUCAAAUGCAUGAGCCAAAUCUCUUCUCAUGGAAUUCCAUCCUUUCUACUUAUUCAAAAUCGGGUAAAAUUGCUGAGAUGCAAGCUGUUUUCAAUAGAAUGCCAAGCCAAGAUGUUGUGUCAUGGAAUUCACUUAUUUCUGGGUAUGCUGGAAUUUCCAUUGUUGACUCAGUGAAGGCUUAUAAUUUAAUGUUAAAGGAAGGGUCCAACAAUUUAACUCGGAUUACGUUCUCUACGAUGCUUAUACUUGCUUCAAGUCAUAGGUGUGUUAAUUUGGGACGGCAGAUUCAUGGGCACAUUGUGAAGUUUGGUUUCCAGUCCUAUGUUUUUGUUGGAAGUCCUUUGGUGGAUAUGUACUCAAAAUCCGGCUUCAUUUUUUGUGCAAGGCAGGCUUUUGAGGAGAUUCCUGAGAAGAAUAUGGUUAUGUUCAAUACUAUGUUAACUGGGCUGCUACGAUGUGGUAUGAUUAGUGAUUCGAGGCAAUUAUUUUAUAAUAUGCAGGAAAAAGAUUCUAUUUCUUGGACCACAAUGAUCACAGGCUUUGCGCAAAAUGGUUUAAAUAAAGAGGCAAUUGAUUUAUUCAGAGAGAUGAGAUUAGAAAAUUUUGAGAUGGACCAAUACACAUUUGGAAGUGUGUUAACUGCUUGUGGAGGUCUUCUUGCCUUGCAAGAGGGCAAGCAAGUUCAUGCUUAUAUAAUUAGGACUGACUAUAAGGAUAAUAUAUUUGUAGGUAGUGCUCUUGUUGACAUGUAUUGCAAGAGUAAGAGCAUAAGAUCAGCAGAAACAGUUUUCAAGAGGAUGACCUUUAAGAAUGUUGUAUCCUGGACUGCAAUAUUGGUAGGUUAUGGACAAAAUGGUUACAGUGAGGAAGCUGUUAAAAUCUUCUGUGAUAUGCAAAAAGAUGGAGUCAAGCCAGACGAUUUCACUCUUGGCAGUGUAAUUAGUUCCUGUGCCAACCUUGCCAGCAUAGAAGAGGGUGCCCAGUUUCAUGGUAGAGCUCUGAUUACAGGCCUACUUUCCUUUAUUACUGUUUCCAAUGCUCUCGUUACAUUAUAUGGCAAGUGUGGAAGCAUUGAAGACUCCCAUAGGCUUUUUAGUGAAAUGAGGGUCAGUGAUGAAGUCUCAUGGACUGCCCUGGUUUCUGGAUAUGCCAAGUUUGGCAAAGCCGAUGAAACAAUCAGGUUAUUUGAAAGCAUGUUAGCCCAUGGCUUGAAACCCGAUGGAGUUACUUUUAUUGGGGUUCUUUCUGCUUGCAGUAGAGCAGGAUUAGUAGAGAAAGGAAAACAAAUAUUCCAAUCAAUGAUUGAAGAACACAGGAUUGUACCAAUUCAUGAUCAUUAUAGCUGCAUGAUUGACCUCUACAGUCGAGCUGGGAAGUUAGAGGAAGCACGGAAUUUUAUAAACAAGAUGCCUUUCUAUCCUGAUGCAAUUGCUUGGGCAACUUUAUUGAGCUCAUGCAGAUUCUAUGGAAACAUGGAAAUUGGCAAAUGGGCAGCUGAAUCGCUUCUGGAGUUGGAGCCACAUAAUACGGCAAGCUACAUCUUGCUUUCAAGCAUCUAUGCUGCAAAAGGAGAAUGGGAGGAAGUUGCCAAACUGAGAAAAGGAAUGAGGGACAAGGGACUAAGAAAAGAACAAGGAUGUAGCUGGAUCAAAUAUAAGAAGAGAGUGCACAUUUUCUCUGCUGAUGAUCGGUCAAGUCCAUUUUCAGGUCAGAUAUAUGCUGAGCUCGAGAAACUAAACUACAAAUUGUUGAAAGAGGGAUAUGUUCCUGAUAUGAAUUCUGUUCUCCAUGAUGUUGAGGAUUCAGAAAAAAUUAAGAUGCUUAAUCACCAUAGUGAAAAGCUUGCUAUAGCCUUUGGGUUGAUAUUUAUUCCUCCAGAUCUCCCCAUACGCAUAGUUAAAAAUCUGAGGGUUUGUGGGGAUUGCCACAAUGCCACUAAGUAUAUAUCUAAGGUCACCCAGCGGGAAAUUCUUGUAAGAGAUGCUGCUCGGUUCCACUUAUUUAAAGAUGGAACCUGCUCAUGCGGAGAUUUCUGGUGACUGGCUUGAUUCUCACAUCCAUUUACCCUACAUUUAGAGGACUUUAUUUUGAAAAGUGAUGAAAAAUGCAGGAGUCAUUGUGAAUUGGUUUAUGAGAUCACCUUUCGAUAGAUGAAUGGAAUUGCCUUUUAUGCAUCUUUUAAACUGCCAAACUACAGCUAAGGUCCCUACUAUAGAUCUAGAGUUUUUGGCCAUCUUGAUUUGAGAAGGAGGAGACUCAACAAAUACAAAAUGUAUGACUUGUCAGCAGUCAUUAGAAGCAUUUUUUGUAGCAGCUGCUCAAUUGCCAAUAAUUUAACCAGAAAAGCCAAAUGACGCAAAGUUGAGAAGAGUCACUUGGUUAAUUCAUAUUUAAUUUCCUCAUCUUAUUUAUGUUGUGGUUCAGAAGAUUUAGUAAAAGAGAAUCUUAGAAGAGGAGCAACAAUGACAUGGUGCAAAGAAACCAAUGACUGUUACCUGCAAUUGAGUACAAAUCUCGAUGACUUCAGCUAUGGGUGCCCAAUCACCAAAGUUCCUCUCUAUAAACUGUUGUCAAAUAUACCCUGGUCGUCGGAGACAGAGGAUGACAGCUGGUUGAUCUCGCCACAGUUCUAAAGCCUUCAUUGGAGGUGUAUUUGUUUUCACCAAUGGUUCCAUUCCAAUCUUAUACUCUGGAGCUAGUUUCUGCACUGAUAUAUUUUCGAUAGCAGCAUAUGGAGCUACUUGGUCAAUGACAGGAGGAGCUUGUACACAGCCACAUGCUCUAGGCUCAGCUGGCCCUGCAGCUACAAUCCCUUUAAAGAUGUAUCCAUCUUUAAUCUUUAAAUCAGCCAUUGAUUGCUCAAGUGAUUUAUCAGAAGUUGUAUUACUCCUUAAAUAAGAUCUUUUCAUACCAUUAGAGCUGUAAGAUGCAUGACUCUUGGGGAUACUAUCAUCUCUAUAAAAUAUGCUGGAUCUUUUCCUGGUAGGAAUUGCACGUAGUUUGAAAGAAUCAUCACAUCUAGUUCUGUCCACAAAACGGGCAAUAUGGCCUCGUUUCAUGUCAAACUGGGCUGAAAGAUCCAUGCUGCUGAAGUUAAGGAGUUCAGGGAGAUAUUUUCCAGAUGCCUCCAUCUUCUCUGCGUAUUUCAUCAAUCCACGUUCAUGCAGGUAUGACCUCAAUCCAAGUGCAUCCUGUGGUGGGGUGGGAAAGAAGACACUUAGAACGCACAAGUUGAAGUGACUGCCAUAUAUGAUACUUAAUUAGUUGAAAAGAUCAUUCAAAUGUUGUUAUAAUUACUCUUGAUUUGUUGUGGAUGAAAGCUGAUAAAUAAGAUAUCCCCAUUUUGAACAAAGUAACACUUAAAUGAUAAAAUCAUUGUUGACAUAUAGGUUUCUGUGGAGGAUGAUGAUGAAAAUUGAUAUGGGAAACUGACCUUUUGCUGUUGUG